AUGCCGUUGGAAUUGGGAUUCCAGGCCAAUGCUGGGCCUUUGACUCAGAUCAGCAUCCAGCUUCUCAGUAUGGAGACAGCCUAUCAUCUCGCGGUCAGUACCAUAGGCUGGUGGAAAGCACGUCGAAAGGCCGAUACGCUCAAUGCUAUACUCGAUGCUCGAAUGGCAUCUCUCGCACCGAUAGCGACCUUUAAUAUGCGGAACUACACCAUCAUGAGACGGAAGCAUCCUAUGUUUGGAGUAGCGCGGCAACCCAAAGGUGCCCUGGUAUCCGUGGAGCUUCCGGCCGCUAGUAGUAGCGAUUAUGGGACCACUGGUCUCUGCUGUCUCUACGCACUUGUAACAGCACUACUCUGCUUCUACGACCAGAAGUCCGUUGUAUCAAUUCUCAUGGAGCUUCUUCCCGACCAUCUACUCCACUACGAUCAAGACGACGUUCGGCUGUCAAAAGAACCCGGUCCCUUAUACACCGCUGUACGAGCCUUUGUCGUGGAAGUGGCGAAAGAAGAGGCGAAUGGCAAGGCUACUCGCACUCUUCAACGGGCUGUUGAUGAUCUCAGACUGAUUCUUGGAGAGACACCACGCGUUUGCUAUGACAGCCUAAAAAACAGCGAUUGCCGCGAAGUGAUGGCCUUCUUGGAGUGGCUGGCCGUGCCUUAUUCGAAACGCCAAUGUCAUCUGUAUCCUACUCGGAGCUUUCUAGUCUGGGCUCUCGCGGAGGUGCUCUCGAUCCUGGGUUUCGAACUGCACGUCUCCAAGAUCGUCAUCACUUCACCAGAGCAGUAUCUCGCCACCUUUGAGAGGGACAAUAAUAUCGAUGAAAUGGGAAUUUACUUCGUCCCAGUAUCUGUUGGGCGCACAGAUCCCUUCCUCGCCGGUCAAAUUUCCUCGAAGGAGAUUAUUCCAACAUCUACGGUGCGAAUCAUUGCCAUCCAUGCCAUUCCGCGAAUGGAGUUGGGGCAAUUCUUAAUGCACGACUCCAAACAGAUGGAUACGCUGAUUGAGGCCUGGAUAUUUACGUUCAAUCAUUUUCAGGAUCAGAGCACAGAUAAGUUCACCGUUGAUCUUAGUCAACAUCAGAAGGCGGCGCUGGAGCCUUUCAAUCAUAAGGAUCUGGAAUUCGGAUUGGUUUCGCUUGUAUACCAGUCCCUCAAACGUCCUGUCGCAAAGUUCGUCCAGGCGACGUGUCCUGACUGCCCACCUCUUCGACGGGAUUCGUUCAUGGAAGAACACUGUUCAAGAUCUUGCUGGCUUGAAGAAGGUCGCCACAAUGAAGAGGGAAGGCUGAUGCUGAGAAUCAUUUACAUGGCAGCAGCAUACUCACUAGCCUGUCGGUAUGUAAAGGACACCAACGGCCGUGCUGACCUCAAUAUCGAAGUCGGAUACGAACCAUCAAAGUCCGAAAGUAUUGGCGAAUUCCUCGCUAUGAAGCCAACUUGGCAUGAUUGGUUUAUGAACCACUAUCAUAUCUUCCGGCCUUACUCCUGCGACAGCGACGAGCUAUUGUUUAAAUUGGCUUACGCGAUGUGCGGAUCGCCUGUAUCCCGGCAGCAUUCGACAAAGCCCAUAGAAUACUAUGGAUGCCAUGUCAACGGCCUGACUCUGUUAUCCAAAUUUCCGCAGGCUCCUGUCAACAGUCGCUCGCCUUACACCUUCCACCUUCGCUUCGGCCAACCUCUGGAUCUACCCGUGCAAGACAAUCUCAUUAUAAGUCGCGACAAGGCGACACGUCUGAAAGGGAAGACCAUCCAAAUGCCUCCCUCAGACCCGGAGGAGCUUUUGGAGCCAGACUGCAACGAUCUGGUCCGUUGGGACGUUGAACCUGACUGGGAAGAUUCGGAAUUGGAUAUCCACUACCAGUGCCGUACACAAGGCAUCAGAAAGCUUUCCGUCCCCCUUCCGCUGAUGAAGACGUCACUCAAAGCCAUGCAGGAUACCAUUUGUGAGCAUCCAUGCCAGGACCCUAUUUCACAGCACGCGCAUCAACUGGAUCGUAACGCCAUCCUUGCGAGGCACGAACAGUCCCUCUCCUGCCACAUCGUCCGCUACAAAAGCAUCCGCCAACAAGGCUACUCCCGGAUUCUUCUGGAGCCACGCAAACUGCUCGGCUGUGUGAAUCAGAAACCCACGGUGGUCAUCUUAGAAACGUUUAGCGACCCAGUUGAGCACUGGCUAGCGCUCAACACGGAGUGCCAGGCUACGUCUGAGAUCCCGUUUCCGAAUGUGCGGCGGAUUAUAUCGGAUUGCUUGCAGUGCGGGUUGGAUGCUGCGGGGAGGAUUCCGAGGGUUAUGCUGGACACGGUUGUCAUUCUUGUUGUGACGCCUCGAGGUUGUGUCUUGAGCGGUUAA